GAACCAUUCAACUGAGACGCCAUUCCUUUUGGUAAAAUUCGAGUCACGCUCCUUGUGUAUAAUGUGAUCCAUGCACACCAGCUUCGAUCUUGCAGAUCCCAUCGAAAUCUAACCAUGGCAUCCGCUCCUUCACCCAACCCGUCUGCUUCGGCCGGCAAUCCCAAGGUCGACCCGAUUCUGCGCAAUGCAUUGCGAUAUACUGUGAGCGCAAAAGAGUACGAGCUGCUUCACCAGUAUCUGCUAUCUCGAGCUUCAGCUGUCCGAAGAAGAGCGCCACGGCCGCCGCGCUACGAAUCUUUUGUCCGCAGCAAGGAUGAUUACAAUGCAGCUGCAAUCCGAGCCUCGUUGCGCGUCUUCUUUGCGACGCAAGCAGGUCUCAAGCUUUGGGAGCUUAUAACUACCAAGCUGAUUGCCAGGGGAAGAAUAUCAAAACCGCUGCCGAAAACGAGUAUAUUCCAAUCGCGCAAUCUACGACUUUCCUUUUCACUCUCAUUCAUAUUAUUCCUCCAUCGAAUUCUCUAUCGUUUCUUUACGCGGCUGCGUGAGAAUCUCCUUACACCUGAUGCGGCUCCCUUUCGCCGAAGGAACCCUCGUGUCACUCGAGUCCUUAUCUCCCGACUAGCUCCAGCGAUUGGGGCCAGUUUAGCCGGCUUCAGUCUCGGUCUCUACCCGUCGGAUCAAUUGCGCGUUACUAUUGCGAUUUAUAUGGUUACCAGAGCUGCAGAAUUUGUGUACAAUUCUCUAGAAGACCAAGGAUGGUUUCAGGACCGACCAUGGUGGUUUGGAAGCUGGCUUCUGAUGCCGUUUGCCUAUGGGCAACUACUUCAUGCCUUUGUCUUUGACAGGGAAUGCUUUCCACAGGGUUACGGCGACUUUAUCCUCAAGCGAUCACCAAACUACAUCCAACAGCGACCAGAGGAUUACCCCGCGCAGCUCGCAUGGCCAGACACGUACGAGAUUGUUGACAGCUUGGCCGAAAUGGCCCAUCUCAAUUGGCCACCAUUCACAUCUCCCAUUCUCUUCCCGAACAAGGAAACACUCCCGCCCUCCCUCACGACCAUAGCACCCAUCACCGACCCCGCGCAUCCCGGCAUCAAGCCCCUCUCCUGCGCCGUGCUGCACCCCAACGACCCAUCCUGCCUACGGACCUACCUGACAUUCUACAUCCGGGUCUUCCCGCAAUUCGCUCGGAUUUUCGCCCUCGUCCUCACAGGCAUGAGCAUCCUCCGCUACAAAUCCUUCCUCGCCACGCCCAUCUCCUCGACCAACGCCCUCGCCAAGAGUAUUCUGAAACUGACACUCUCUGUCACCGGCGCCAUCGGCAGCGCAUGGGCCUCCAUCUGCCUCUUCCAACACGUUUUUCCCCGUUCCUUCUUGCCCACCCAGCGGUUCUUCCUCGGCGGCUUCCUCGCGGGCUUUUGGGCCUUCCUGACCCGCCGCUCCGGCAGGAGUAAUUUCCUCUACUCGGCGCGCAUGAGCAUCGACAGUCUCUGGAAAGUCGGCGUCAAGCGCGGCUGGUGGAGGGGCGUCAGGAAUGGCGAUGUCUGGCUGUUUGUCCUCAGCUUGGCACUCACGAAUGCUGUGUAUGAUGUUAAUCCCAAAGCCGUCACGGGAGGGGCCGUCAGGAAGAGUCUCAGCGUGCUGCGUGGACAAGGCUGGGUUGAUCGCGCCCGUGCCAAGUCGGUCGUGGAUACUAGGGAUGGUGAAGCCGAGGAGUAGUUUUGGGGUGAAUUUCUUAAGACCUUGUUUAUAAUAAUAAGCGGUGGGCGGAGAGGGGUGUGGGUGUUCGCUAUCACACUCUCAACGAUUACUAUUAUCAGUCGUUGCUAUUAUCAAUUGUUGGUAUUAUCGGUUAAGGUUACGUUAUGCAAUGCAUAGAAUGCAAGCAUGGGAAAGGAAGCAGGGCUUAUAUUUCCUUGGGAGUCGGAAUUAUGAAAUUAAUUUAUUUUUGGUCACUUUAUAGAUCUUUAUGCUUUCUUACGAUUCAUCCUCUAUUCUGCAAUUGUCUACUCGUAUUGCUCUCAUCAUCAGACAGUCUCUCCGUCCU